UCCAAGUAAGCGUGUCGGCCUCCAUACACUUUGUGUUAUUCUGAAUGGUGAAGCUGCGGGAGGAAUCGGCUCGUUUCUCGCCCACUCACUCACUCUGCUUCUCUCCCGACUGCCACCUUCCUCGUCCUCUUCGUCCCUCCCAGCUGCUCACCGACGACCUCACUCACUGCCCUCUGGACUAAAAGCGACUAUUAUCUCAGUUGUAAAGAACAACUUUAGAAUCACCAUGGACACCACGAACCUACUUGCAGACGGCGCCGCAAUAUUGCUCAUCGCCUUUCUUCUUAUUUACCAGCUAUGGCCAAGGAAGGUUACCAGCGGACCUCCGGAACCAGCCGGGCGCCGACCUCUGAUGGGCCAUCUCCAUCUCUUCUCAGGUUCAAGCACGCCAACUUAUAGAACUCUUGCUGCAUUUUCUGAUCAGUAUGGUCCCAUGUUCGUCCUCCAACUCGGCCGACGGCGCACGCUCGUUCUGAGCAGCGCGGAGCUGGCAAAGGAGUGCUUCACCGGUAACGAUCGGGCCUUCGCCGACCGGCCGGCGCUAAUCAAUGCCAAGUACAUCGGUUACAACUAUGCCAUGAUUGGUUUUGCUCCUUAUGGCGCCUAUUGGAGGGAGAUCCGCAAGAUCUGCAUCCAAGAGCUGCUGUCGGGUCGGCGACUAGAAAUGCUCAAACACAUAAGAAACGAAGAAACGAACUCCCUCUUAAAGUGUUUGUACAGAGAGUGCAGAAAGGAAGGGGAGGUGGAAUUACAGAAGCGGCUGCGCUUCCUGGCCAUGAAUAUUGUGCUGAGGAUGGUGGCGAGGAAACGGUACUUUGUGGAAGACAGUAACAAGGAAGAUGGGGAAGGAAAGGAAUUCUUGCAGGCACUAGGGGAAACCACACAUCUGUUUGGCAUCUUUACAGUAUCAGAUGCCAUUCCAUGGCUUGAGUGGCUGGAUGUGGGCAGCCAUGUGAGGGCCAUGAAAAGGGCUAACGACAAAUUAGACAAGAUCGUAACUGGCUGGGUGGCGGAGCACCGGAGAAGGAGAGACUCUGGAGAAGCCAUUAACAACCCAGACUUUAUAGACGUAUUAAUUUCACAACUGCAGGAUGGGCAUUUGUCAGACUUCCAUCCUCCUGAUAACAUUAUCAAGGCCACAGCAUUAACCAUGGUAUCAGGAGGCACCACUACCACCUCAGACACCUUGGAAUGGGCUCUUUCCCUUCUGCUAAACAAUCCUCAUGAGCUUAAGAAGGCCCAAGACGAGUUGGACUUCCAUGUCGGCACAGAGCGGCAGGUGGAAGAAUCAGAUAUAAGCAAGCUUUCAUACUUGCAGGCCAUAGUAAAGGAGACCUUGCGCCUGUAUCCGCCAGCGCCGCUGCUAGUCCCUCACCACUCGACCGAGCCAGUCAACAUAGCUGGGUACAACAUACCAGCAGGAACAGACCUGUACGUGAAUGUGUGGAAGGUGCAUAGGGAUCCAAAGGUGUGGGCUGACCCCGAAGAGUUCAAGCCCAGUAGGUUCGUGACGACCCACAAGGAGGUUAAGGUCAAUGGUCAAAGUUUCGAGCUCAUCCCAUUUGGUUCAGGGCGAAGGUCGUGCCCAGGGUUGUCGAUGGCUCUCCAGAUCACCCACUUGGCAUUGGCUCGUUUGCUUCAUGGGUUCGAAUGGCGCGCACCCGGGAAUGACCCGGUCGACAUGAGUGAAGGAUUUGGUUUGACCAUGCCUAAAGCCGUGCCUCUUCGUGCCCUACUGCGCCCUCGACUUGCUUCCCAUCUCUACCAAUGAUGAUACUGCAUCAGAUCACUACAUGCACAUGCAAGUAUCUAUGCAUGUUCACGUUAAUUAUGUGCCUUAAGAGUAGUUGCUUAUAGACCAAUGGAUGCGUAAAAUAAUUACUUAGGAAAAAAUUAUCGAGAUCGAAAUAAAAGUUCCUAAACAUACAUGUGUGGCUAUGAGAUUUGAUUGUUGUGAUAGUAAACAGUUUGCG